AUGUUUGAAUUGUCAGACCAAAUCUUUCAAAACAAAAACUAUUCAUUGGAUGAAAAAACUAACUACACUGUAGAAAAAAUUGCCAACUUAGAAAUAACCGGCUUUCGGGGUUCUUCUUACGUUGCUUUAGAAGGAAUGAUUGCUUUAAAAAGCCGAGCCAGAAGCACCAAGCAAAUUGCUUUUGUUAUUUAUUCUCACAAACAAACUUUACAAGGUUACUUAACCGCUAAUAAACUCAAGGACUAUUUGCCUCAAACCAAUAUUCAAUUUCGAGAAAGAACUUUCUUUACUUGGCAAAAGUUUUUGGCUUUGUUUCCGGACACGGCAAUCGGAGAUAUUUUGUCGGGCGAAAACGAAGCGAGAAAGAAACAGACCCAAGAGGAAGAAGCCAAAAAGCAAGCAGCCGAAGAAAGAAAAAAAUAUAUUAUUGAUUCCCAAGAUAGAAAAAACAAAAAAUUUCCCAUCGAACCCGAACACGUGCUCCUUUAUGGUCCACCCGGCACCGGAAAAACUUUGCUGGCCCAAGCGGUAGCCAAGGAUUCUGGUUCUUUCUUUGCUUGCGCGACUGGUGGACAAUUUGCCGGUAAAGACCGAAAAGAAAAAGAGGAAAGGAUAAAACUAUUUCUGAGCGGAGUAGUUAAAGAAACCAAAGGCGAACCCUGUAUUUUAUUUAUUGACGAAUUCGAAAAAAUGAGCGAGGGCGAAGAAAAUAUUGUUGAAACCACUCUAAAUUCAUUUUAUGACGAAGUUCACCCAGAUGAACCCGGGCUUUUUGGCAACAAAAAUAAGGCAGUUUUUGUGAAAGAAUUUUCAGCUUUCAUUUUUAAAGAAAUCACCGAAAAUAAAGAAAAAGCCAUCAAUAAUGAAGAUUUCAAAAAAGCGAUAAAACAUACAUUUGAAUAUAACCGAGCCCAGGGUCUCCAACAAAAAGAAAUGAAGGUUAGUUUAGAAAAAAUGCUAUUAAAAACUAAAUUACAUAACAUGGAUAAGCAAAAAGAAUUCACUAAAUUUCAGUUUCAAGUUUACCAACUUUGUGCCCAAAUACCCCCCGGCUACGUUUCAACUUACAAAAUAAUUGCGGAAAUUUUGCGGAGUUCCCCCCGGGCAGUAGGGCAGGCUUUACGAAAGAAUCCUUUUGCUUCCGCAGUAGUUCCUUGCCACCGGGUGAUUGAAUCAAAUUUUUUUCUUGGUGGCUAUCGUGGCAAAGAACUAAAUAUCAAAAAAAAGAAAUUAGCCAAAGAAGGAGUUUUUUUCACCCCUAAAGGCUACCUCCAAAAAGAUUUACGAGCAGAAAAGAUUUUUAAGGCUUUCAUGGCUCCUAAAAGGCAAAUUUACCGAAAGUCGAUUGCCGACAGCGAUAGCACAGCCGAAGUAUUUGAAGAUGUAUUUUUAACUGAUUUGUUUAUCAUAGUAGCGUCAGUUAAAGACAAAAACGAACCUUUUCGCAAAAAAAUCCAAGAGGAAUAUUAUAAAAAAUUACUGAACGAAGUUUUUGCUGGCGUCGACGAUAUAUUAAAUCACCCGCCAGAAAGAAAAAAAAUUGAUAUUAAAGGUGAUGCCAAGGCCGGCAAAGAAACUUUUCAACAAAUUGCCCAAGAAAUUGCUGCUGAACACCAAAAUUUUCGCUUUUUUCCGCAAAAAGAGGAACAGCAAACAAAAGAAAAUACUAGCAAAAAACAACCAACAGUUAACCAAGACAAUAACAACAAAGGCAAUUUUCCCACAAAGUUAAUUGUCUUUGGCGUAUUUUUACUUAGUGCAACUCAAUUAGAAAAUAAACAGCAAGAGGCAGUGAAACUUCUUUUUGUCAGCAAAGACCGGGUCAAAAUAAUAAAAGGUCAAGAAUCCAUUAUUAAUAAAGUUCUUUCAAUUGACUACCAAAAAGAUAAAGAAGUGGGAGAUAAAAUUGUUUCUGACAAAGUUUUAGUUUAUGAAGCAGAAUUUGGUCAGCCUUAUCUUAAUAUGCGAAUAAUUGCAGAAGUGGUGAAAAAAUUUAAAGCCAAACAGGAAAUCAAACAAUUAGGUUAUUAUGUUGGUUCCGAAGAGAAUUGUUUGGAGCAAGAAGAAACGAGCAAAGAAAAAAAACUAUUUUCCUUAGUAGCCGAAAUUUAUCAGCAUAAUUUAUUAUCGGUGUCAGGAAAAAAAGUAUCUGCUUAUUUAAGACAAAAACGGCAACUUACUGAGGAAACUAUUCAACAAUUUGGACUUGGCUGCGUGGUCAACCACCAACAAUUAACUAAUUUAUUUUUGCCAGACGAUGAAGCAGCCAAAAAUUUGCUUUUAACCAACCUUUUGCGAAAUAAGGAAAGCAAUAAAAUUGCUGAUUUUUUUACCGAAAAUCAAUUGAUCAUUCCUCUACAAAACCAAAAAGGAGAAAUUGUGGCGUUUGCCGCUCGCAAAAUCGAAACAACUGGCUUAGAUAUAACCCAAAAUAAAUACCUUCACUUACCAAAUUACGAAGGCUACCAAAAAUCCCAUUUUUUGUAUAAUUAUUUUCGGGUUAAACAAAUGCCCGAAGUAGAUUUUUGCUAUUUAGUAGAAGGGUUUUUUGACGUUAUCAGUUUAACCCAAGCCGGGGUGAACAAUUGCUUAGCUGCUUUGGGAACCAGCCUGAGUAGUCAGCAAUUUAAUCUGCUCAAAAAACUCAAAAAAAAAAUUAUCCUUUUUUUGGAUGGUGAUACGGCCGGAAAACAAGCCACGAUCAAAUUAGCGAUUGCUCUUUUAGCCCAAGAGAUUGAGUGUGAAGUUAUUAAUCAUUCUUUGCCUUUGGACCCUGACGAAAUUUGCCAGCAGAAAAAGGAAGAACUGGGGCAAAUUUGCCAAAAAAAAGAAGACCCGUAUUUGUUUAUUUUACAGCAUUUUGCCCAAAGAUGGGAGAUUCGAGAAAAUCCUCAGAGUACUACUAAUUUCAUUCAAAAAAUAGCUGAUAAAGAAGAAGUCAAAGAAAUUUAUUUUGCUGCUCAGGCCAAAACAGAAAACAAAGAAACUAAAUAUCGCUAUUUAUACCAAUUGCUUCAUAACUAUUAUACUACCAAAUCUCAUUUAGAAUUUGAUUUUGCUGAGUUAAUUUCUCGUAAUGAUAAACCGACUCUGAAAGAAAAAAUUCGCCAACUCCAAGAAACUAUUAGUGAAAAUGACCAUUUCAAGAAAGCUGAUGCUAAUUCUUUGGCUGAUUUUCUUAAACUGCUCCCCGAGAGCAAGUCGUCAGCCGGAAUUUUUCCCAACAGGCUCGUAAACCUUCGUGGCGCUCAGUUAAAUUUGGCUGAGAUUGAGCAAUUGCUCUCAGAAAUUCUCAGCAAGGGUGGUUAUGGUUUUGGUGGAUUAUGGAGAAUUUGGGCAGUUUGCUGGGUUUGGUAUUCUUGCCUUAAAGAGUUAAG